GGACGUUGUUACUAAUACGGCAAAAUCAUCAGCAAUCCAGCGCCUUUGCUAGAAAACUUGAACGAGGCAGCGCUUUUUGAAAAAAAAACGCAAACAAUUAAAAUGGCUAAUGUGUCUGCUGAAGAGAAGGAGACCCCCGUCGAGAAGGUUCCAUCACAGGAAGUCGAUGCUGUGGAGAACGACGUAGUUGCCACCGCCGAUAACGGAGCACCGGCCGAAGUCUUCGAUUGUAACAAGCUGACCUCCGAGGAAGCUGCUCCUGCCACCGAGGAUAAGAAGGAGGUGUACGCGGAUGAAGACCAGAAGGAGAAGUCCGCCGCCAAGGAGGAGAGCAUCGAAGCAGCUCCAGCUGCUGUUACCGCCGCCAAGGAGGCCAACGGUGACUCAGCGGAUGCUCCCGACGCCGAGGCCUUGAACCGGAAGAUAGACGAGUCUGCCGCCGAGGAGAACGGAACACCGGCCGAAGCCUUCGAUUGUAAGAAGCUGACCUCCGAGGACGCUGCUACCGCCGCCGACGAUGAGAAGGAGGUGAACAAGGACAGGGACCUGAAGGAGAAGUCCGCCGUCAAGGCGGCCAAGGAGGAGAGCGUCGAAGCAGCUCCAGCUGCUGUUACCGCCGCCAAGGAGGCCAACGGUGACUCAGCGGAUGCUCCCGCCGCCGAGGCCUUGAAGCGGAAGAUGUACGAGUCUGCCGCCGAGGAGAAAGGGGCACCGGCCGAGGACGUCGUUUGUAAGAAGCUAACCUCCGAAAACGCUGCUCCCGCCACCGAGGAUCAGAAGGAGGUGUACGCGGACGACGACCAGAAGGGGGAGGCCAAGAAGGAGAGCAUCGAAGCAGCACCAGCAGCUGUUAACGUCGCCAAGGCCUUGAAGCGAAAGGCGGACGAGUCUGCUGCCGUAGCCGAGGCCGAGGCCUCCAUCCCGCAAAAACGGGCAAAGGUGGACGUGGACGAGGACGAGGUCAGCACAGAGGAGGAUCUACCGAGUUCACCUCCAUGGGUUUUAGAAUACUAAAACACCCACGCAAGUCAUACAAACCACUACAAUCUACAGUCAGCGACACGCACUUAAUCAUCCAUCCAACGAAGUUCGCGCGUCCGACUUAUACCCCAAGAAAAUCUUUCAAAUGGGACCUUAGACUUAUAACAUACCGAUCGAUUCCCUCUGUAUCAACUUAGAAACUAACAAUAAAUGCAUUAAAUCCAUUAAAAA